AUGAGUAAAAAAGCCGAAAAAAAGAAAUAAGAAAAAAUAAUCGCAGACAGAACAUUUGGACUGAAAAAUAAAAAUAAGAGCAAACAAGUUUAAAAUUUCUGUAAAGGAGUUGCUCAAUAAGUUAAACAUAGUGGUGUUUCAUUAUCAAAAUUGUAGACAGAAGAAUUUGAGAAGAAGAAACUCGAAAAAUAAUUAGAGGAAGAUGAAAGGUUGAUUCAAUCUUUGUAUAAAACAGUUGAAUAAGUGAAAGAAGAUGAGUCUGAAGAAGAGGUUGAUCCCAAAUCAAUAUUAUGCGAAUAUUAUAAAUAAGGUCUUUGUUAAAAGGGUAAGAAGUGUAUGUACUCUCAUGAUAUGAGUCUAGAAUAAAAGACAGCAAUUCUUGAUUUAUAUACUGAUUAAAGAUAAUAAUUGACAGAAGAAUGGGAUACUUGUUAAACUUGGGAUGAAAAGACCUUGAAAGAUGUAAUUGAAGCCAAUGAAAAGACAUAUAAAAGUUAAAUUCCAUCAGCAAAAGUGUGUGAUUUCUUUUUGGAUGCUUUGGAAAAAGGCAAAUAUGGUUGGAGAUGGGUUUGUCCUAAUGGUAUGACAUGCCAUUAUAAACAUUGUUUACCAUAAGGAUAUGUUUUCAGAAGGAAAGAAGAAGUUAAAUAAAAAUAUGAUGGUGAUAUUGAAGAAGAAAUAGAUGAGGAAAUUUAGAAGUUAUAAAAAGGAGGAACUAAGAUUACUAAGGAUGUUUUUGAAAAGUGGAAGAUAGAAAGAGCUGAGAAAAAAAAGUAAGAGGCUGAAAAAUAAAAGUUGGAAGAAUAAAAGAAGAAAGGUGCCAAAUAGACAGGAGGAAGUGCCUAAAUGACAGGAAGAGCUCUCUUUGUUUAUGAUCCAAGUUUAUUCGUAGAUGAUGAUGAGGCUGAAAAUAAAUAUGAAAGAGAAGAAUAAAUUGAUGAAGAUGAGUAAGAAGAAGAAGAUGAGGAGGAUAAUGAAAAUAAAUAAAAACUAUAUGAAGGGGAUGAUAAUCAACAACAAGAUGAAGAUGAAGAAGAUUAAUAAUUUAAGUAACAAUAAUCAUGA